GAUAAAAUAAGAAAGCUUCACCGAUAAAUCAUAUCCACACGUCUCAAUCGCCCUGCCAUCAACUCCUCGGGGAGCUUGGCACAGAGAAGCACAACAAGAAAUGGAGUCUCUUAUUUUGAUUCCACCAACUAAACACGUUUCCAUCACAAACUCUUCUGUUUUUUCCUUCCCAUUCAUUUCCAGAAAGCGCGCCAUCAAAUUCCCACAAUUUUGUCCACAGAUUAUCCAUUGCAACGCCCGUUUGCAUGCUCAAACAACUUCCAGGUCUUAUAUUCGGAAUGGCCCACCGUAUGGGGAGGAAGAUGAUGAUCCCGAACUGGAGGUUGAAAGCCUCAGGGUCCCUGAUGAGUGGUCGGUUCCUUCAAAGGCAUUGGAGGAAUCAGAGUGGCUUAGGGUUACUUUGCACAAAUGGUUAGAUGAAGAGUACUGUCCAGAGGAAACUAAUGUAGAUAUAAGCAAGGUUGCUGCAAAGUCAUACUACAAUUCUUUGUUAAAGAAGACGACCGACCUAGGCGAAAUUUUGUUGAAUAUGGCAAGAGAAUUGGAAUCUAUUUCCUAUAAGGAAAGUUUUCAUGGAGCAUUCUCUUCUGCCAAUGCAGCAGUGAACUUAAUUGCACAAAGAAUAGAACUGUCUUAACUGUAUCAACCACUUCAAUUUUGAAAGUAACUAACUAAUUUGUCUCUUUUACUUUAUUUUCUUACUAGUAACUCAUUUAUGGUCAGACCUAUAUUUCUGGACAAACAAUUCAUGUAUUGCUUUAUUUCUUCAAUGUCAACGCAACUUUCUUUGACUAAGUAUGGAUGUUCCACGCACCAGAUCUUGCACCACUCCUCUUGGAAGGUUUGCUAUAAGUAAAAGUAGAGCUUCUUCUA